AUGGAGGAGGUAAAAAGGGAUGCGAUAAAGAAGGAUAGACGGUUGCUCAGGAGUUUCAGGGAGAGGUACCCUAAGCGGCCAUUUUGUUGGAUUGCAUCUGCGAGGUUGGAGGAGCAGGCUGAGGAAAUGGAGGCAGCGUGGCAAUUGAUUCCGAAAGGAUGUGAGGAGUGCCCUAAUAGUGAGGAUGUGUGGUUGGAGGCGUGUAGGAUUGUGAUUGCGAAUGCGAGGAGCAGCCCAAAUCCCAAUGAAGCAGGUAAGGCUGUGAUUGCCCAUGGAUUGAAGUUGAUACCCAAUUCGGUGAAGUUGUGGUUGAAGGCUGCAAAUUUGGAGCAUGAUGACUCGAGUAAGAGCAGGGUUUUCUGUCAAGGGUUGGAACACAUUCCUGAUUCUGUUUUGCUGUGGAAGGCGGUGGUUGAUCUAGCCAAUGCCGCAAAAGCGAAUGAGGAGGAGGAGGAGGAGGAGAAUGCAAAUGCAAGGGAGAAGGACAUGGACCCGUGGCUAACUUGUGAACCUGAGAGAGCUAGAAUAAUUCUUGCCGAAGCCCGAGAAAGUGGGGGAGGCACAGAGAGAGUAUGGAUGAAAUCAGCAAUUGUUGAGAGAGGAUUAGGGAAUGUCGAGGAGGAGAGGAAAUUGCUUGAUGAAGGAUUAAAGAAAUUUCCUUCGUUCUUUAAAUUGUGGUUGAUGCUUGGACAGCUAGAGGAACGGCUUGAUCGUUUGGAAAAAGCCAAGGAGGCCUAUGACUUGGGCCUGAAGCACUGCCCCAAUUCUAUACCGCUCUGGCUUUCUCUUGUUAAUCUUGAAGAGAAUUUGAAUGGGGUGACUAGUGCUCGUGCAGUCCUCACACUAGCCAGGAACGAAAAUCCUCACAACCCUCAACUAUGGCUUGCUGCAACUCGAACUGAAUUGAGGCAUGGUAAUAACAAGGAAGCUGAUAUUUUGAUGGCGAAGGCUUUGCACGAGUGUCCCAAUAGUGGUAUCUUGUGGGCAGCAUAUAUUGAGAGUAUGGUACCCCUACCCCCUUCUCGAUGGAUGUCCAAGAUUAUGGAUGCCCUCAGGAAAUGUGAUUACGAUCCCCAUGCCAUUGCUGCUGUGGCCAAGUUUUUCUGGCAUCACAGUAAGGUUAAGAAAGCAAGGACUUGGCUCGACAGGGCCGUCACAAUUGCCCCAGAUAUUGGGGAUUUCUGGGCUUCAUACUUCAAAUUUGAACUUCAGCAUGGGACUGAUGAGAACCAGAAGGAUGUUUUGAGAAGAUGCAUUGCUUCACAACCAAAGCAUGGUGAAAAAUGGCAACCUAUUCCCAAGGCCCUGCACAACUCUCACCAACCAACUGAAGCUAUCUUGCAUCAAGUGGUGGCUGUACUCGGCAAGGAAGAGAGCUCGCAGCAGGCAAGGCAGGCGCCCCAAACUGAUAGACUCUAG